GGGGUCGCUGCCCGUAGAUCAGCAGCAAAGACUGCAGGGCGCAUCAGGGCCCCUGGGCGUUACGCCACACCGGCCACCAUGGAUGUGUGGAGCAUUGAAAUGCUGGUGGGCACGGCGCCAACCCGUCUCAAGCCAGAGUGCUUGGACGUCCCUGAGUUGCUACCAGGCUCUCCCGAGGCGAAGAGCCAUCACGAGGCGGAAGAUGGUGAGAUGAACAGUUAUGAGACGGUUUUGAAUUUGGCAAACACCAUGAUGGGUAGUGGUGUCCUGGCGGUCCCCUAUGCCUUUGGCCUGAUCAACUACUGGGCCGUGCUGCUGUUGUUUGUGGUGGUGGGCCUUACAGCCUUUACGGCAUGCCUCAUAGGAGAGAAGUUAAAGAUGGCCAGAUCCAAGGCUUUGGGCGGUUCACAUCCCAUCAGCAGAGACUACACCUACCUGGCAGAGAUUUCAUAUGGCCAAUGUGGGAAAUGCGUGGUUGCGGUGAUUACCGUUCUGGAGGUCUGGGUUGCUGCUGUGACCUUUUUGGUGAUGAAUGGGAGCAACAUUCAGGGCUUGCUUGGCGUGAACGAAAUUCAAGCCGUCCUGGUGUGCACCUUGGUGUCCAGCGUCAUGAUCUUCAUCCCCUUACGCAUCUAUGCCUAUGUGUCUCUAGCAUCUUUGGUCGCCCUACUGAUGGCCAGCAUGUGCUUCUUAGGGGACCUGUCUACCAUCAGCACUGCCAAGUGGAGCUAUCCGGAACUGCAACUGGAGCCCAACGUGGGGAAUUUCUUCAGGGCCUAUGGUCUCUUCAUUUUCUGCUUCGCUGGUCAUCCAUGUUUGCCAGCCUUGCAUGAGGGGAUGCAGCACACCGAGCGGUGGACAGGCUGUGUUUCUUGGUCCUUUACCAUCGCGGCGGUGUACUACCUGGUCUUGGGACUGGUGACCUACCUGGCCCAUGGUGAUGAUUUGCACCCAGUCUUCACCAAAGACAUGAGUAUUCCGUGGUUGAAACACACGACCGCUGCCUUCUUUGCCGUGAAAAUCCAAUUGACCACACCUGUUCUGAUGCGUGUGGUGCUUCAAUCUAUGCAGAUUUGGCCAGAAGGGCGGCAUGUCAACGAGUUCAUCCAGAAUUCCUUGCCAGUGGCAUUGGUGAUACUUCUCACCGGCACCAGUGCUUGUUUUCUGGCUGGUGAGGUGGCUGCCCUUGCCUCCUUCGUGGGUGCUUUAUUGGUGAACCUCACCUCCAUCGUGAUCCCCUGCGUGAUGUACGCACGCCUGUCCGUGUGGUCACAGCAGCCGGGCAAGAACAAGGUGAAGCUGGUGAUGUGUGGCGUUUUGGUCGUUUUCGGCCUCGUCACCGCCGUUGCAGGAACCUACUUAGCAGUGCUGGAUAUGACUCACUGAUAGUAAGCCCUCGGAAUUCAAUCGAUCGCACAAGAAUCAGCUGAACGUUGGCUGAUACUCUUGGUGGAUCCAGCGCCGUGUCCAUUGACAGGGUGUUUAAUACUGAAUACUGCAAUUCUUACCUGGGCUUGGAGUGAUGCCUAAAUUCCUGCU